UGGACAGGAAACUGGCAUUGUGCAACCACCAGGACUGUAUUGGCGAUGGAGCGCAGUUUACAAAGGAAUAAUGCUGAUUAUUAUUUUGUGACCAAACAAUUUUAGAUCCUGAAAUCAUCUCUCUUUUGUUCAUGAUGGAACAAAGCGGGCGGCAGGUGUGGAUGGAGCGAUGGAGAUGCGUCGUGUACAUGGUGGUUUUGGUGUCGUUUUGGAGCGAAGCCUCUGCUCAGAUCAGAUAUUCCAUCUCCGAAGAGGUAAAAGAAGGAAGCGUUGUUGGAAACAUUGCGAAAGACUUAGGAAUUGACAAGGCUACACUGAAAAACAGGGAGUAUCGCGUUGUUGGCGGUUCAACGGAACCCCUUUUUCGUUUAAAUAAAGACGACGGCAUCCUGUACGUCAGCAGGAAAGUGGACAGGGAAGAGAUCUGUGAACGAAGCAGCGCGUGUAUAAUCAAUCUUAAAACAGUGCUAGAAAACCCUCUGGAAAUCCAUUAUGUGGCUAUAGAGGUGCUGGAUGUAAACGACCACUCCCCCGUCUUUCCAGAGAAGGAGAAGCGACUGGAGAUAUUUGAAUCGACAUUACCGGGAGCGCGAUUUCAGCUCCAACCUGCACGCGACCCCGAUGGCGGUCAAUUUACUGUUCAGCAUUAUAAACUGAGCCACAAUGAUCACUUUCGUUUGGAAGUUAAGGAGAGGGGCGAGGACCGUAAGAUGCCCUUUCUGGUGUUACAGAAGCAGUUAGACAGAGAGGCUGUGAGAGAGCACAAGCUUCUGCUUACAGCUGUUGACGGUGGGAAGCCAGCGUUGUCUGGAACAAUAGAAAUACUCAUUGAGGUGCUUGAUGUUAAUGACAAUUCUCCAGGGUUUACAAAAGAUGUUUAUUCUGCCGUUUUAAAUGAAAACGCAGCCCCUGGCACAUUAGUUAUUCAGGUUAAUGCGACUGAUUUGGACGAGGGCGCAAACGGCGAAAUCGUUUACUCAUUUGGUAAAGAGGUGGAUAUACAUUUACAAGAACUAUUUAACAUAGACCCAAGAACGGGUGAAAUUAAAGUGACAGGUUUAAUUGAUUUUGAAGAAAAUGAAAGCUAUGAACUUGAUAUUCAGGCUUCAGAUAAAGGCACGAUCCCCUUUUCAACAGACAGAACUGUGAUAAUAAAGGUAAUCGACCUUAAUGAUAAUCCUCCAGAGAUUGAAAUUACAUCAUUUUCAAAAUCAGUUCCCGAAGAUUCAAGAAUUGGAACAACUGUAGCUUUGAUCAGCGUUAAUGAUUUGGAUUCAGGUGCCAAUGGGAAGGUUUCCUGCUUUAUACGUGAGGACGUUCCUUUCGCUAUAUCUCCGUCCAUGCAAGAUAAUAUGUACGCAAUAGUGACCAGAUCACAUCUGGACAGAGAAGAAACAUCUUUUUAUGAGCUUACAAUUGUUGCAAAGGACACUGGUGAGCCAUCACUCUCAUCUGAGAAGACAGUGAGUGUGGUUGUUUCAGAUGUGAAUGAUAACAGACCACAGUUUUCACUGAGUCCUUAUACCUUCUAUAUUAGUGAAAACAAUGACCUGGUAGCACCUGUAUUUUCAGUCAGAGCAUCUGACCUUGAUGACAGUGAUAAUGCACAUAUUUCAUAUCACAUCCCAAGAGACAGCAGUGGGGAUAAUUCUGGUCUGUUUUUAAAUAUCAACUCUGAAACUGGAAAUGUUUUGGCGCUAAAAAGUUUCGACUUUGAAACAGUGAAAACUUUCCAGUUCCAAGUUGUCGCCACAGAUUCAGGAACUCCGUCACUAAGCAACAACGUGACAGUGAACGUGUUCAUUCUGGAUCAGAACGAUAACGCUCCAGUCAUCCUGUAUCCAGUCAGCUCCAACGGUUCUGCUGAAGGUGUGGAGGAGAUUCCCCGCAAUGUCAACGCAGGACACUUGGUGACUAAAGUCAGAGCCUAUGACGCUGAUAUAGGAUAUAACGGCUGGUUACUCUUUUCACUGCAGGAAGUCACUGACCACAGUCUCUUUGCUUUGGACCGCUAUACAGGACAGAUCAGAACACUUCGCUCAUUCACAGAGACAGACGAGGCUGAGCAUAAACUGCUCAUACUGGUCAAAGACAAUGGCAACGUUUCACUCUCAGCAACAGCUACUGUCAUUGUCAAACUUGUGGAGCCCAGAGAGGCUUUUGCAGCUUCUGAUGUUAAAAGUGCAACUAAAGUUGACGAGGAGGACAAUGUGACAUUUUACCUCAUGAUAACUUUGGGCUCAGUUUCUCUACUUUUUAUCAUCAGUAUCAUCGUGCUGAUUGCAAUGCAGUGCUCCAAAUCCACAGACUAUACUUCCAAAUAUCUCCAAGAGGCUAAUUAUGAUGGGACACUGUGUCACAGCAUCCAGUACAGAUCUGGAGACAAACGCUACAUGUUAGUUGGACCCAGGAUGAGUAUAGGAUCUACUAUAGUCCCUGGCAGCCAUGCCAACACACUAGUGCUCCCUGACAGGAGGAGGGGAUCUGGAGAGGUAAGAUCAAAGUACAACUAUACGUCUCAUUAG